ACACCUCCCUGCUAUGCUUUCAACUAUCGUGAAUCCGACGGUUCAUGCCAGCUGGUUCUCAAUGGGAAAAGUGACCUUGUGGAGGACAACGGAUUUACAUCCUACGUUCAGAGACUGUGCCUGACGGAGCAUCCAAAGAUUCAGAACGCCAAGGUAUCCUUCGAGGAUUGGAGCGGAGAAUACCCAGCUCCACCGGGUGGAAGGGUUAUUCUCCGUUGUCCGCAUUCCGAAGGAUUCUCUGAUGGUUCUCAACUCCACAUGGCUGAAUGCUCUUCUUCAUUAUCUGAUUAUUGGUGCAGCUCCUUCAAGGAAGACAUCAUAACCUGUAAGAAUGUCGAACUCAAGACACCUCCCUGCUAUGCUUUCAACUAUCGUGAAUCCGACGGUUCAUGCCAGCUGGUUCUCAAUGGGAAAAGUGACCUUGUGGAGGACAACGGAUUUACAUCCUACGUUCAGAGACUGUGCCUGACGGAGCAUCCAAAGAUUCAGAACGCCAAGGUAUCCUUCGAGGAUUGGAGCGGAGAAUACCCAGCUCCACCGGGUAAGUCGCUGCUUAAGUAUCCGGAAUGCAUGUUGACAGAAAAGGGAAGAGAAUACGUAGGGAAGGUGAGUAAGACGACAUCAGGAAAGGAGUGUCUGAGAUGGGACACUCAGCCAUACGGAACGCCCGAUGAUUUUCUCAAAGACGUCACGUAUUUUGACCACUUCUCCAACCUUGAUACCUGGUCUCAGAAGAACUACUGUCGCAAUCCAUCUGGAAGGGAGAGGCCAUGGUGUUUCGUCAUGGACGCUGUUGAAUGGGAAUAUUGUGAUAUCCCCAUGUGCACGGAUGGAGAUCCUCAAGAGUGCAAGAUAACUCAAAAGGGUGGUGAAUACAUUGGAAUGAAGAGUGUGAGCCAUUCAGGAUCGACAUGCCAACCAUGGGAGAUACCUUGGAGAAUUACAGUGCCUGGAAUGGGGACGUUCUUUUCACCGAGAUUUCCGGAUUACAAAGAAACUGCGGAGACACACAACUUCUGCCGCAACCCUGAUGGAGACGUCGCUCCUUGGUGUUACAUUGAAAACAGAAAUCGUACCUUUGAAUUCUGUGACAUUCCCUUUUGCGAGAUAGAAGAAGUUCAAGUUGGACCCGAGGAGAGCGAGUAUCCAGAAUGCAGACUGACGGAGAAAGGUAAGGAAUAUUUUGGGACAAAGGAUGUGACAGAAACGGGAAAGCCUUGCCUCAAUUGGAAAUCUCAGCCAUACGGAAUGCCAUGGGAUUUCUUCAAUCAGGAAAUGGUUUAUUCGGAUCACUUCAUCAACGUUGACCCUGCAAUCCACAAGAAUUACUGCCGGAAUCCUGCUCUGUACAGAGAAAAGCCAUGGUGCUUCGUCGCUGACUCAGACAUAGAGUGGGAGUACUGCGACAUACCCUUCUGUCAUAAACUCGAAAAGCCAUGGUGCUUCGUCGCUGACUCAGACAUAGAGUGGGAGUACUGCGACAUUCCCUUCUGUCAUAAACUCGGUGCGUCCCUCAAUAGAAUCGGAGAGAAGUUGGCUGCUUCAGAAAUUGAGUAUCAUUAUUCUUCUCUUUUAGAGCCGCCCGAAUGCAAGCUGACGCGAAGCGGCGAGCCGCCCGAAUGCAAGCUGACGCGAAGCGGCGGUGAAUAUGUCGGAAGGCGGAAUACGACCAUAUCGGGAUAUCCGUGCCAACAUUGGCUGACAAGAUUUCCAAAUGAUCAGAUAUUGAUUACAAAGACACUAUCAGCAUUUCCCGAUGAAGUUGAUGGGAGCCACAACUUUUGCCGCAACCCUGAUAGCACAGGCCAUGGUCCAUGGUGUUAUUCUUCUGAAUCAGAGAACACGUUCGCAUGGGAAUAUUGCGAUGUUCCUUUUUGUCAUCGGACAGGAGAAGAAUGCGAUGUUCGUGUCUCGGGAAAUUGCAUAAGUAAGUCACUGCAUGAGUAUCCGGAAUGCCUGUUGACAGAAAAGGGAAGAGAAUACGUAGGGAAGGUGAGUAAGACGACAUCAGGAAAGGAGUGUCUGAGAUGGGACACUCAGCCAUACGGAACGCCCGAUGAUUUUCUCAAAGACGUCACGUAUUUUGACCACUUCUCCAACCUUGAUACCUGGUCUCAGAAGAACUACUGUCGCAAUCCAUCUGGAAGGGAGAGGCCAUGGUGUUUCGUCAUGGACGCUGUUGAAUGGGAAUAUUGUGAUAUCCCCAUGUGCACGGAUAAGCAACGGGACAUGGGAGUGCAAGAGAAGCGAAAAAAAGGCCUGGAAUGGCCGGUAACUGAAGCCAGGCCUUCUGAUUACCGGUGUGCCCCUAUAGUGUGUAUCAUGUCUCAGAAGAACUACUGUCGCAAUCCAUCUGGAAGGGAGAGGCCAUGGUGUUUCGUCAUGGACGCUGUUGAAUGGGAAUAUUGUGAUAUCCCCAUGUGCACGGAUAAGGACCCUCCAGAGUGCAAGAUAACUCAAAAGGGUGGUGAAUACAUUGGAAGGAAGAGUGUGAGCCAUUCAGGAUCAACAUGCCAAUCUUGGGGGAUACAUUGGAGAAUUACAAUACCAGGAAUGGGGACGUUCUUUUCACCGAGAUUUCCGGAUUACAAAGAAACUGCGGAGACACACAACUUCUGCCGCAACCCUAAUGGAGACGUCGCUCCUUGGUGUUACAUUGAAAACAGAAAUCGUAACUUUGAAUUCUGUGACAUUCCCUUUUGCGAGAUAGAAGAAGUUCAAGUUGGACCCGAGGAGAGCGAGUAUCCAGAAUGCAGACUGACGGAGAAAGGUAAAGAAUAUAUUGGGACAAAGGAUGUGACAGAAACGGGAAAGCCUUGCCUUAAUUGGGACUCUCAGCUGUAUGGAAUUCCAUGGGAUUUCUUCAAUCAGAAAAUUGUCUAUUCGGAUCACUUCAUCAACGUUGAUCCCGCAAUCCAUAAGAAUUACUGCCGGAAUCCUGCUCUGUAUAGAGAAAAGCCAUGGUGCUUCGUCGCUGACUCAGACAUAGAGUGGGAGUACUGCGACAUUCCCUUCUGUCAUAAACUCGAGCCGCCCGAAUGCAAGCUGACGCGAAGCGGCGGUGAAUAUGUAGGAAGGCGGAAUACGACCAUAUCGGGAUAUCCGUGCCAAUAUUGGCUGACAAGAUUUCCAAAUGAUCACACAUUGGUUAUCGAUUCACUAUCAGCAUUUCCCGAUGAAGUUGAUGGGAGCCACAACUUUUGCCGCAACCCUGAUAGCACAGGCCAUGGUCCAUGGUGUAAUACUUGGCAAUCGGACACCUUGAUCGGCUGGGAGUAUUGCGAUGUUCCUUUUUGUCAUCGGACAGAAGAACCAUGCGAUGUUCGUGUCUCGGGAAAUUGCAUAAGUCCAUUGGAGUGCAAAACUAACAGAAAAGGAGACGGGUAUAUCGGAACCAAGAACAUUACCGCAUCCGGCCACACGUGCAUGCCAUGGAUGAAGAGGCCUAGUUUUGAAGUAACUUCAUUUUUCUAUGUGCAAUAUAAAUUAUUCCCCGACGAUUUGCAUCCUUCUCACAACUUUUGUCGAAAUCCAAAUGGAGACAAGAAUGGACAUUGGUGUUAUUAUGGACCUGGAACUGUUGCCGUCAUGGAUUAUUGUGAUAUCAAAGAUUGCUGA